AUGUACAAUCUGAAACUCCUCGACAUUAACCAUCAACGGCAUUUGAUCCUUUUGGUCUCCCAAUACACCAUCCUUUGGGACAAUAAAAAUCCGGAUUACGGGCGGCCGUUGGCAGAAAAAGCUUGGAAGCAAGUGAAGUUACAGUUCGAGAAGAAGUUUUUCUGCUCUGUCUGUGGUAAGUCCAUUUAUAUAUUGUUCAAAUUUUUACUGAACCUCUUUUUUCAAAUCAUCCAUUUUUCUCAAUUGGUUUCUAGGAGGAAUAUUUUCAUCCAAAAUGCGUACCUUUUAUAGCCCCUGAUCAAGUUUUUGAGGAAACUUUUUUGAAAUCGUGAUUUCAGAACAUGUUGAAAAUAUUACCGCAAUAGAUUCAACUUAAAGACCUUCAAAGUUCGUAAAAUGCGCAAACUUUGACCAAAAAGUAUUUCAAGCUUUUGAAGCGUCAGAUCUAUUGCGAAAACUUCAUUACUUGUUGUGACAUCAGAAUUUAUCGGAGUACUAUUCUAAAAAGUAUCAUCAAAAAUCCAACAGCGUGCGGAAAAAUGUUCCCUAGUUUGAGGAUUUUUUGAAAAUUUCAAUGUCACUUCUGAGAAUCAUUUUUGCAUUUGCAGUCUAUGAAUUAAAACGGUGUUGGCGCGGUCUCUGUAUGGAGUAUCACUGGAUUAUGAAAAACCCUUGGAGAGACUUCAUCUUCAUAGAAGAUAUGGCCUUCCUCUCUUCGAACCCUAAGUUUUAUUCUUCAGCUUUUUGUCAGCUGAACUAUUUGUUUCAGAUCGAUCCCAUUUUCCGAUCUCAACGAAGAACUGCGCAAGACCAUCUUAAGCGACGAUAUCUUUACUCCAGAGCCGGAAAACAACGUAGAGGGUUUUAUAACAACUUUCUUCAUUUUUACAUCCUUUUUCACAGAAAUCGAGACACUGGAAACCUUGUACAGAGCCUCGUUGAAACUGGAGAAGAUUUUACCAAAAUUGGGCGAUAUCAGAAAUGACGACCUUCUAGAUCGAACCCUUCUUGGUUUGCUUCAUUUUUUCAUUUUGAAAAAAAAUUUUUUCAAAACUUCUAAAUUUUUCGAUCUACGGAUUUUUCCUCCAUAAAAUAAAUUUUUUUAGGUUUUUGGAGGAAAGAAGCUAAAGUCGCAGGAAGUCAGAGCGUCUAG